AUGCGUCAGGCCGCAGCCACAAAUCGUAGCCGUAGAAAUGACGCGAUGAUGGGAAUCAGAAAGAAGUGGAGAGUUUGUCCCACGUGUUGGGCAAAACAGAACACACGAACGCCAUAUGGUCAGCUCUUACGGCAGCUUAACGCGACGACAAUGUCCUUAAUCUGUUUCCCUCGACACAUGGAUGGCUCUCGUUCAUUCCCAACGAUGCAUAACCAACGGCUGCGAUUCGAUUUUCUUAGGUGUAAUCAUCUCUUCUCUCUCAUUGAGUGCACAUACUUGCUUCACAAGAACGCUAUCUACUAUCUGUCUCCUAAUUCUUGA